CUCAUUGCCGUUCACGAAACGUCCAUUGUGCUUCUGUUGGCAGCCCGAUUUUCUUGAAGUCAUCAUAUCAAUUGGGAAGUAUUUAUUUUAAGUCGUUGAAUCGUUUGACGUGUUAUUCAACGUUGCAGUGUUAUAAAAUGUAUAUUUUAGAAUAUGCGGCCUGCUAGAUGCCACGAUUCAGUUUCAGUUACAAACAGCAUAUCAUGGCUUUACUGGAAAGACUGGAAAAGACUUGGCCCAGACGUUCUGUUUUUCCAAGGUUACGUUGGGAACAUUAAAUAUGUUAAAUCAGUCCUGUAGUUUACAGACAGAUAAAGUCGGUCAUUAUUAGGGGCUCAGCUGUACUCACUCUUUUAAAGGUCUUGUAAAUAAUACCAUAUUUUGUUCGCGAUUAAUCAAGAGGCUGAAAGCCUAGCAUCAUGUUUAAAUACUGGGAAGCUAUAUAUAUUUACUGGACUACAGUAAAUAACAUCUACACUGUAGGCUGUUGGACAGGCCCGCAUGUUCUGGACUUAUUAAGCUUAAGGCGUAUGGCCCUGAAGACACAGCUUACAGUAUUUUCAUGCAGAAUGAAUUAGAAAUUGAGCUGAAUUAAAUGAAGGAGUGUAUGAUAUCUCACAGGCUUAGUGAUCGUAACAAAGGCAGAAAUAAUAUUAGAGGAACAUUCCUAAUGAUAUAGUUUACUACUACUAUUUAAAUGUAAGGAAUUGCUGAAGUCUUCUUCCUCAUAUGAAUCUGAAGUAUAGUGUUUAAUAGGUAGGUGUAGAAUGAGCAAGGCAGUAUUUGUUUAGAGAAGGCGUGGUGAGCAUACAGUACACGGAAAUGUCAUUUCACCGGGAUGGGAUGGUGUUGCUCGCUACAAAAGACGUGAAUCAACUCAUCUUCCAGAUCUUGUGAAAACAUGGAGGGAUGGAAUUACGGACAUUCCCGCGAGUACUAUGACCGCUUCGUCCAAAGCCAGGACUCCUCGGUUGUGAACAAGUUUCAGCAGAAGUACUGGAAGACCAAGCAGACGCUCAUCAGAGUGACAGGGAAGAAGGAAGAUGAGCACGUCGUGGCCUCAGAUGCUGACCUCGAUGCAAAGCUCGAGGUGUUCCACUCGAUCCAGAGAACAUGCAUGGAGCUUCUCAAGGUCAUUGAGCAAUACCAGAGGAGGAUCUGCUUUUUGUCCCAGGAGGAAAAUGAACUGGGACGCUUUCUCCGAUCUCAGGGGUCCCAGGAUCGAACCCGAGCAGGGAAGAUCAUGCAGGCCACGGGGAAGGCCCUUUGCUUUUCAUCUCAGCAAAGGUUGUCCCUGCGUAGCCCGCUGUGCCGGCUCUACCAGGAGGUGGAGACCUUCCGGUACCGAGCCAUAUCGGACACCUGGCUCACGGUGAACCGGAUGGAACAGUCCAGAACCGAGUAUCGGGGAGCCCUGCUCUGGAUGAAGGAUGUGUCCCAAGAGCUGGACCCCGACACGUACAAGCAGAUGGAGAAGUUCCGCAAGGUCCAAGCACAAGUGCGUCUCACGAAAACAGGCUUUGACAAACUGAAGAAUGAUGUCUGCCAGAAAGUGGACUUACUGGGCGCAAGUCGGUGUAACCUUCUCUCCCAUGUCCUGACCACUUACCAGACAACCCUCCUGCAUUUCUGGGAGAAGACUUCCCACACUAUGGCAGCUAUUCACGAGAGCUUCAAGGGCUACCAGCCAUACGAGUUCACAACUCUCAAGACAUUACAGGAUCCCAUAAACAAACUCAUGGAUCAGGAAGCAAGGAAAAAGGGAAAGAAAAAAACGAAGGGAAAGCCGGAAGAGGAAAAACCAUCAGAUCUGAAUGAGGAACUUGUUUCGAUAGAUGAUGAAAAUCACAAUAAAGGGUCAGAUCAAGCCGGUGAAGUUGGUGCUGAGGACAGUUUGGAGCAGAAUUUUUUCGAAGAUGUAAACACAAGUCAGAAGCAAAACGCAGGGACAAAAGACCUGUUAUCAGACUACCUGGAGGCAGAGGGUGGCCAAAGGGACAGGAUGGCAUUCCUGAACGAGAUCCUUAACAGCUCCACGCUGGACGAGGGCGACUUCUCUAAGGAGUGGCAGGAGGUGUUCGGGGAGGAGGAGCCCACAGGCAGCAGCAUGACAGGGGCAGCGGGGGCUCCGCCUGAGGAGUCGUCCUCCUGCUUCCUCCCCUCCCAGCUGCUGGACCAGAACAUGAACAACCUCCAGUCGUCAUUCGCUGACUGGUCCCGGAAUGUUCCACAAGCUGCCAGAACACCAAAUGAGCAGUCACUUGAGGGCAGUCAGAACUCCAGCAGGCCGACAGGAUCCUUGGAGACCUCUAAAGAUCUCACUGCAUGGUUCAGCCUCUUUGCUGACCUGGACCCUCUGGCGAACCCAGACGCAGUCGGGAAAACUGACAACGAGCACGAGCUUCUGAAUGCAUAAAGCCGCGUGGCUCUUUUGCGUUAAAUGCUGCAGCGCGAUGGAUUUAGACGUGUUUGUACACAAUUUCGAUAACAAACUCCAUAUAUGCAUACGUGUCGUUAUUACUGCCAGAAGAAGAUGAAUAGAGUUGGUUAGCCAAAGGACGUUUGUAAGCUUUCCUAAUAUAAUAUUGCCUUUAAUCAUAUGAAACUGCACCGUAUUUUACAAAUGUGUGCCAUUUACUGACUUUCAGUUUAUAUGAAUUUGAAACACCACUAUUUAACAUAAAAGGUGUUGGUCUCCUAUCAAAAGUAACCAACUGUCUUAAAGAUCUAAGAGUCCUGUCCCAGUAUUAGUAAGAGGUCGACACCUAUGCAGAUGUGCCUGGUACCUGUCUGAUAGGCAGAGAAGAUCCAUAGGUUCCAUGUUUUUUACCAGGUAGCUGCCAUGAAAAAAAGAUACAUACAUACGGAUGUGUAGUUUUAAUUCUUUUUCUAGAAUACUUAUCCCCAUGAUUUUCUCCUUAUUUUAGCUUCAGCAACUUGGACAAGUAAUAAUUGAAUGGUAAGAAUAAUUACUGUUAUAAUUCUUAUAGCUUAUGAUUCCUUUCUUAGGCACUUAGUGUAAGAGGAAUCCCUUGUGAUUUCCCUUUCUGUGACUAAUAAGUUGCUAUUAAUUAACAGAAGUAAGAAUUGGACAUAGUUGUUGGAUCAAACCACAGUGAUAGUGAUAGUGACAGCUGCCCCUUUAAAUGCAGAGAACACAUUUCGUUGUUGUGCACUGUGUGCUGUGGUGUGUCAACAAUGACAAUCACUAAAUUCUAAAUUCUAAUAAUGCAGAGGGUCAAUGAAAUGCUGCAUUGUUAAAUAAAUGACAAAUUAUGUUUUAACUUGAUAAAUAUUGUCUACUGAUAGGUGUGAUUGAUUAUUGUGAGAUGUCACUAAUAUUAGACAGCCAGUCCACUUACUUUAACCAAAUUCGAUGUAGAUCUUACAUCUGAAUACCAAAGCAACUGGAAAGUAUGUUUAUAUGCAGCGUGUGUUGUUUUGUCAUGCAGAGCUGUUCCACUCUGCGUCAUUUCAGUUCAAUUUGAGGUCAUAAGUUUCAGCACUUGCAUGUCCGGUGUAUCUGACUAAUCACUAAAUAUUGGUUGCAUUGGUUAUAAAAAAAAAAAAAAAAGUAAUAUUUGAUAUGUCAGAUUCCAGAGAUGUUUAUUCCAGUUUGAGGUGAUCAUUCGUCUUCUAGAAACAUCAGCAUCCCUGUGCUAUAUAUCCUUCCAGUGUAACAUAAUUAUUUCUGUAAUAUUCUGAUGUACAUUUGAAUCCAUCCAUUGUGUAACUGCUAAUGUCAGGGUUGUUGAGGGGGCUCUAGUCCGGGCUACAUCCUAGACAGUCCAUCACAGCUUAUAUACAUGUGUACAAUUACACACACACCAGGACAAUUUAAGGGCACUAGUUAGUCUAACUAUGUUUGUAGACCCCAGUGAGGAAACUGGCAUACCUGGAGGAAUCCCACACACCAGGAGAAGAUGCAGACUCGACACACCCCCCCAACCUUGCAGCAGUGAGGCACGAGUGUCGUCUUACAUUUUUAAUGUUAAAUGUGUUUGAAGGACCUCCAGUACACAACAUAGCACAACAAUUUUAAUGAUACAAGGUCACAUAAUUCUUUUUGUGACUGACUUUUUUCACCUGGUCAGUAUGAACCAGUUACACUAUAAUUUCACUUUAAAUGGGACAGAUUAUGAUGGUCCAUCGUACAGGGCCACUGCGGGAAGGUCAGUGAAAUAUAUGUAGAACAUGUUAUUUGCCUUAUUCUGAAUAGCUAAUAACUUUGCAGAAUAAAAACAUAUUCAUGGCAAAUGUUAAAGCAACAAAUCAUUUUGAGGUCUAAUACAAUUAUUUAUAUAUAUAUAUAUAUAUAUAUAAAAUUUUAAACAGGGUUGCCAACUUCGGCCAGCUGGCUGGCAUGAGAUUUUCAGUUUGACAUCUGCACACACAUACACACGCAUUUACAUGUAACAGUUUUAUUACUUUGUAAAUAGUCUUUAACGUUUGCCAACCACCCCAACACUUUCAACGUAGCAAAUUUUAAAUAUAUAAUGGAAUAAUAUAAAUUUGUCAUAAGAUUUCUUGCAUGCGUGAGUCUAAAAGCAUGUCACACCAGAUGAAUGAGUUGGCAUCCCUGUUUAAAUGAUUUUAGCUUAUACAAUAAAUAUACAAAUGCUUUUUGAUCAUUUAUGAAUUGUGUUCUUUGUAAUCUAGCCCCAAGUGUUGCAUUUUUACCAAUAUAAAAAUGUUAUGCUGUACUGGCUUUUUCUCCUGUCUACACUUAACAGGUUAUCAAUAUUAUUUUUGGUCAUAACAAAUGCAACUAUUAUCAAUAAAGCGUGACUUGAAUUUUUG